UUCCAGAUGAAGGACGAGAAGAGCGGAGAACGGCGUUGAAGCGAGAAGGCUUUCAGAGAUGCCAAGGGGAGAGUUCGACCCGCUGUGUCCCCUUGGAUUCCACCCGCAAGUGAGGUGGCCCACGAGGUGCAAGAGGUGCUUUCGGGAUUACAACGACCAUGCCGCCGCGAAGGCUGACAAAAAGACGGAGGAGAAGAGCGUCGUCGGCUCCAAUUCCAAGGAGUCCAACUCCAAAGGAGCGGACCAGAGAGCGGCGGAGGCGAAGGAGGAUGCACCGAUUACGAAGAGAAAGAAAUCCACCGGAGAGGCAGGGGAGAAGACAGAGAGAAAGAGAACUUCCAAAAAUCCUGACGGCCAGGUGAGAAAGCGGAAACUGCAGAUCACCGGACUGAAAGAGGUGCAGACCGACGAGCAAGACGACGAGACCACGUCCAAUCCCGACGUGGCCUUCAUCAUCCAGGUGAAAUCCACCCGGCCGAAAAGAGAUGACGACGACGUGACGAGCAUCCAGACAGAGACGUCAGAUGCGACGACGUUGCAUACCGAUGCCACCGAUACCACCCUCACGGGAGACAAGUUCGAGGACAUCCAGGAACAAAUGACUCUUCUCAGGAAGGAGAACGAGAAGCUGCAGUUGCAGGUGGCCCGGCUGGAGAAAGAAAGGAACGAGACGAGCCAGCGACAGCUGGUCGCCAGCGAGCGGAGGUUGGCAGGGGAAGCGGCCACCGAGCUCGUGCGGAUGCGACAGCAACUCAGCAACUACAAGGGGCAACUCGAGGACCUCACCGACGAAAACAGGAGCCUGAAGGCCGACAUCAAAGAGCUUCAGGCUCAAGCCGAAAAGAAGACCGAAGCCCAGCGACAAGUGGAGGAAUUGCGAGCAAAACUUCACGCAGCCGAGACUCUGUGCGAGGAACUGAUGGACGAGAACGACGACAUGAAGCGGGAAAUCAAGGAUCUCGAGGAAGAGAUCGAGGAGAUGCAGGACAACUUCAGAGAGGACCAGGCAGAGGAGUACCGAGACCUGAAGAAGGAGUUGGAGCAGACGGCUAAAAACUGCCGCAUCCUCCAGUUCAAACUGAGGAAGGCCGUGCGGAGAUCCGAAGAGCUGGAGGUCGAGAAGACCCACCUGGAGUCGAAGUUCGAGGACGUCUCGGCCCAGGACCUAGGUUCCCCGCUCGGCGACAACAAGGAGCGACUGCAGACGUUGGAGCAGGAGCUCAGCGUGGCCAGGGACGUCUCGGCUCGGAUGAGACAGGAGAUGGAGAACCUCAAGGAUGCCCUCAAGGCCACCGAGCAAGACAAGGCCUUGAUCAAACGACGCAUGAGUGGAGACCUCACGGUCGACACCAGCCAGCUCGCCCUUCGACACAAGGAGAGAGCUGGAGUCCUCCAUGGCGACGAAACAGGGAAAUUGGUCCGGGAACUCCAUGACGCCCUUGAACGAGAGGCCGACUUGAAGGAACAGCUCAAGUUCUCCGAAGCAGAGGCGACAUCUCUGAGGAAGAAGCUCACUCGUGUCGAAGAGGAGAAUGAAACCCUGGCGAUGCAGAUCUCAAAAAUGGCCGCGAAAAGCAAAGCCGUGCGCCAAAGGAGCCGCGACGGUCUGGAGAGCGAUUCGGAGCAGGAAGAAGAAGCGCAGAGCGCGGUGGACCUCAAGAUUCAGCUAGAACUCAACGAACAGGAGACGAGCAUCUUGAGGAAGAAGGUGGACGACCUGGAAGUAGAGAAAGAGGCAUUCCAGAAGGAACUCCUCUGUCUCCAGGAGCAGUUGGCGACGAAGACGAAAAGAACGACAACUGAAGCUUCACCGAAAUGGGAGGCCAAAGUUGCUCAAUUGGAGGAACAGCUGGCAAGUUACAAGAAGCAGCUUGCCGAGAAGGAAAAGGAAAUUGAGCGAUCGUCCAAGAUGAAGAGUAGGACAGUCGCCAACCGCAACUCGGGCACAGCGGAGAAGGAAAAGGACAGAACAGUGGACUUGAAGCAACAGAUGGAAGCAGUGGAACAGGAAGCCAUCAUCCUUCGAACGAAAAUCAACGAGUUGGAAAAGGAAAACGAGAAGCUUACCAGCCAAAACAAAUCCCUAAACCUCCGUCUCGGCUCUCGUCGCGGGUCGAACCAGUCGUUGACGGAGGACGAUCGACCCGGGAAGCAGACUGAUCUGGAAAUCGCUUUGAAGGAUUUGCAACGACAGCUAGACGAGACCAAGAAACACUCCAGCCAGGAGAUCAAGCUACUCCAAGAGGAAAAGGAACUCCUGGAAGCGGAGGUGAAGUCCUUGAAGUCGGAAAAGGAGACCUUAGAAUCUCGUUUCGGACAGAAAGCUUCAGUCGGAGGAAAGAAACGACCUAGAGAGAGGAAGAAGGUCGACACCGCCACCAGGAUAGAGCUCAAGCGCUUCGUCGAGGAACUGGAAGCGGAGCUCGAUUGCCUUCAGGCGAGGCUGGACGAGAAAGGCGACGAGGGAGGACGACGAGGCUCUCGAAGCAUCAUCGAAGAACUGGAGAAAGCCAAGAAAGAACUCAUACUCGAGAAGGACAAGAACGAAUCUCUCUCGCUCGAGAAGAAAAAAUUAGAGACGAAACUCAAAUUCGAAACUGGUAGCAGUUCGGAUAAGACGGUGGCCAAUGAAACCCUGGAGAGAGAGCGGAAACUCCAUCAAGAGACCCGAAACAAACUCACCGCCUUGGAGAAGGAACUCCAAAGUUACAAGACGCGAUCCCGGGACCACGAACAAUACAUCGAGAAGAAGGAGAAGUGGAAGCAGGUGGAAAGCCGGCAGAGCGAUGUGGCUAUGGGAUGGCUCAAGGAAAGGGAAGAUUUGAAGAAGCAAAUCGAGGAAUUCAAGGGGAAGGCCAGCAAGAACGAGAGACAACUCGAACAGCUGAAAAAGGACACUCAGGAGAAGGUUAUAGACUCCAUUGAAAAGAACCAGACGGAAGAGAACCGACGGAAGAUGGAGAACGCAAAGAGGCAGAUGGAGCACGAGAUAAAGACCUUCAAGGAAGAGAAUUCCAAUCUGAAGCUGAAAGUCGCUGCCCUGGAGAAGAAAGCGGAGGAAGCAGAGGGAAAGAAAUCGGAGCGCUUAGAAAGCCAGCUGAAAGACAAGGAGAAGGAGUUGGAGACUUUAAGGAAGAAAUUGCUGGAAGCGGAGGUCCACGACCACAUCUCCACCAAAUGGGAAGCAAGGGCUCAAGACAUGGAGAGGGAGCUAGAGGAGCAGAAGCAAGAGUACGAGGAUCUAGCGACCAAGUACAAUCUUUUGGAAGAGGAUUACGUUGUGAUCAAGGCGAGGCUCACGAUGGAGAAGGAAGCCAUCAACAGCGAUUUGAACGAGUUGCGACGGGAGCAUAAGAUCCUGGAAGGGGAACUCCAAACGCUUCGCGAGACCUACAACUUGCGUCAGGACACCUGGAUCAAGGAGAAGCUUGACAUGCAGGAGAAGAUCCAGGAUCUGGAAGAGAAGCUGUUAAGGUCCGGAGGUCUGGCUUGGGAAUGGGAAAAAGCGAAACUUCAAGACAAGGCUGACCUAGCCGAUCGACUCAGAAAAGAACUGGAUGUCCUUCACUCUCAAAUGGAUCAUCUCAGGGAGGAGUAUGAGAAAUGCAGGAAUCAGCUGGAAGACUACGAACGGGUCACUCGAGCUCAAAAGUCUCUUCAGCUGGACACAUCACAGAUGGAGAAGGAAAUCCGGGACCUCAGGACCAGGUUGCAAGAAGAGGAGAAGUCGCACAAAUCGGAGAUGACGGGGCUGCGAAUGCGACACGAGGCUCAAAUGGCCAAGACCAAUCACGACAUGGCUGCUUUGAGGCAGCAAGUGUCUCGGGCCGGUCGAGAACGGGACACGUUCAAGGAGAUGCUCGAAGGUGCUCAGAGGACCAUCGCCGAGCUCAAGGCCGAUACGAAUCGGCUCAAGGAUCGCCAGGCGCAAAAGGCUCAGUUGGAGGAAUGCUACCAGCAGAUCGAGGAAAUUCAAGAAAGAGUGGCGUCUUUAGAAGAUGAACUGUCGGACGCGAGGCUGGAAAAUGUGCGCAUGAGUACGGACUUUGCGACGGAAAAGGCUCAUCUGCAGCUCAGAGUCGUCCAGCUUCAGACUAAAGUCAACGAGCUGGAAGAGGAUCGAAUCCUAGGAUCUGGAAGGACGUCGAGGCUGAGCGGUGUGAAAACCCGAAUGGAACUCACGUGGCAGAAAGAGCGAGAGGAGACGGGACGACUGCUGCAGGAAACCAAUGCCGCCAACAAGGAGAUCCGGGCUGCCUUCCUCGAGGCGGAGCACGAGCGAGAGGACGCGAGGAGGCAACUGAGGGAACUCCAUGCGUCCAUGAAGAAAGACCAGGCUCACACUAAGUUCAAAGUGGAAGAGGUUCAACGCGAUCUAUUGGAGAUUCGGGACUCCCACUCGAAACUGAGAAUCAUGAACGAUCGGCUGAAGAGAGAUAAGGACAGGGCGGAACGAGAGAAAGAGGAUCUCAGAUCUGCCAUUCACAAGGCUCUGGAAGGCCUUGCCAAAGACAUCAAGUCCCGGAUGGAGGAUAAUACAUCCUCAAUGAAAGGUACCUCCUCUCAGGACAUGCGAAAAUUCCUGGAAGCUGUGCAAGAGUUGUGCCAUGACACAGAAAAGCAACGUCUUCGAACCUUGCCCAUGGGGAAUGUUAGGAGCAUAGCUUUGGUAUGGCUUUUGGGAUGGAUGGAAUUUCAUCGUGUUGACUCCCAGCUCUGGGAGGGAGAGACUGAGGCAGAGGUGGAGACGGAAGAGUUUCUUGAGCUCGAUGCUCCCCUUGGGAAGAACGAAAAGAACGCAAGCAUUUGGGCGGGUGCCGAGACGGGGAGUGCUUCUUCCCUCACGUCUUUCGAUGGAUCGUUGGGUGGGAGCACGGAGUUCAAAUUCCGUACCCUACCGAACCCGAAUCGGGAAGGCAGCUUCGACAGGAACUCGACGAAGAGCGAGGUGGUGCCGGGGACGGACGGGGGACGAAAGGAGAAGAAAGGCGUGGCAUCCACCAUCAAGCAGAAGCUGAAACAGCUCACGAAAUCCAGGAGUAUCGAAGAGACGAGCACGGCCGAAUCCGCUGCUGUCGCCGGCAUCCAUACAAAGAAGACGCUGGGCUCGAAAAUCAAGGAGAAGUUCCGAAGCACGUCGAAAGAGAGGCAGUCGUCGUUCGAAGACGAGGAGGCGAAUAAGGAGAUCUAUCGGCCCAAGAUGGACAAACCCCUUACGCUUACGAACCGGACCAAGACAAAGAAGAAAUGACCUUUAGGGCAACGUGCAAUCUUGCCAGUGGUGUUCGAAAGAGUGCGAUCCAGCACGAUCUCGCUUUGGACCUUCCCUUCUCAGCUCCUCUGUAUGCGAUAGAGUCCUCUUUUAGUCCUAGAAAGAGUGGACCGACCAUGCAGCGUGUUGAUGCCCAUUCCCCAGGUUGACCCUGUACUGGACAUAUCACUCGACAGAGAU